UUCAUCCCAGGCUGUGUUAAUGUUGUGUUCAGUUUAUCCCAGGCUGUGUUAAUGUUGUGUUCAGUUUAUUCCAGGCUGUGUUAAAGCUGGCUCGUUUGUUGAUCCCAGGCUGUGUUAAAGCCGGCUCGUUUGUUGAUCCCAGGCUGUGUUAAAGCCGGCUCGUUUGUUGAUCCCAGGCUGUGUUAAAGCCGGCUCGUUUGUUGAUCCCAGGCUGUGUUAAAGCCGGCUCGUUUGUUGAUCCCAGGCUGUGUUAAAGCCGGCUCGUUUGUUGAUCCCAGGCUGUGUUAAAGCCGGCUCGUUUGUUGAUCCCAGGCUGUGUUAAAGCCGGCUCGUUUGUUGAUCCCAGGCUGUGUUAAAGCCGGCUCGUUUGUUGAUCCCAGGCUGUGUUAAAGCCGGCUCGUUUGUUGAUCCCAGGCUGUGUUAAAGCCGGCUCGUUUGUUGAUCCCAGGCUGUGUUAAAGCCGGCUCGUUUGUUGAUCCCAGGCUGUGUUAAAGCCGGCUCGUUUGUUGAUCCCAGGCUGUGUUAAAGCCGGCUCGUUUGUUGAUCCCAGGCUGUGUUAAAGCCGGCUCGUUUGUUGAUCCCAGGCUGUGUUAAAGCCGGCUCGUUUGUUGAUCCCAGGCUGUGUUAAAGCCGGCUCGUUUGUUGAUCCCAGGCUGUGUUAAAGCCGGCUCGUUUGUUGAUCCCAGGCUGUGUUAAAGCCGGCUCGUUUGUUGAUCCCAGGCUGUGUUAAAGCCGGCUCGUUUGUUGAUCCCAGGCUGUGUUAAAGCCGGCUCGUUUGUUGAUCCCAGGCUGUGUUAAAGCUGGCUCGUUUGUUGAUCCCAGGCUGUGUUAAAGCUGGCUCGUUUGUUGCAGGCUGGUCAAUAGGGGGCGCUCAACCAGGCUGUUUAAAGUGCUGUGCAGUGCGGUGGCCGGGAGUUGUAAUUAAACUGCUUUUCCUUGCGUGUUUGUGAAAAGCGCGCUGAUAACACGGUUUUUAUGACAGUUUUAUUUUGAUUCUGAUAACAGUUAUUGUUUUUUCUCCUGUCGCCAUGUCCUAUAACUACGUGGUGACGGCCCAGAAGCCCACCGUGGUCAAUGCGUGCAUUACGGGUCACUUCACCUCCUCCAAGGAUCUGAAUCUGCUCAUUGCGAAGAACACGCGGCUGGAGAUCUACGUGGUGACUCCGGAGGGGCUGCGGCCGGUCAAGGAGGUGGGCAUGUACGGCAAGAUCGCCGUCAUGGAGCUGUUCAGACCCAAGGGGGAGAGUAAAGACCUUCUUUUCAUCUUGACGACCAAGUACAAUGCCUGCAUCCUAGAGUACAAGCAGUGUGGAGACAGUAUCGAUAUCCUGACCCGCGCACACGGCAACGUGCAGGAUCGCAUCGGCCGGCCCUCGGAGACGGGAAUCAUCGGGAUCAUUGACCCGGAGUGCCGAAUGAUCGGGCUGCGUCUAUAUGACGGCCUGUUCAAGGUGAUCCCGCUGGACCGGGACAACAAGGAGCUGAAAGCCUUCAACAUCCGCCUAGAGGAGCUGCAGGUCAUUGACGUCAAGUUCCUGUUCGGCUGCCAGGUGCCCACCAUCUGCUUCGUCUACCAGGACCCCCAGGGACGCCAUGUGAAGACCUACGAGGUCUCCCUGCGAGAGAAGGAGUUCAACAAGGGCCCCUGGAAGCAGGAGAACGUGGAGGCGGAGGCAUCCAUGGUCAUCGCAGGUAGGCAGGGAGAGGGAGAGGAAUUCAUGAUCAUCACAGGAAGAGGAAGAGGGAGAGGGGGAGGGUAA